AUGGAUUUCACAGGGAAUGUGAAGAAUCCCUUCCUCUUUGAUGACCCAGCACCACCUGCUGAUGUAGGUGAUGCAGCAGCAAAUCCUUUCCUUAAUGGUGGUCCCUUCGACUACUCGGCCACCUCAUAUACAGGAAUUAACCCCUUCAGUGACCAGAUUGAUGAUUCCAAUGCUGCUGCUGCUGGGCUCUUUGGGGACCCAAUGUCGUAUCCUACCGACAUGAAUCCAUUUGGAACAAUUCCAGAUGCCUCACAGCCAUUUGGUGCAGUGGAACCGCAACCACAAGCAGAGCUCUUUGGGGGGCCAGUGCCACCCAUGAACCAGGUGUCAGGCGAUCUUUUUGGUGAGCCCAUAGUUCCAACCACUGCUCCGGCAGUGUCUCACCAUGCAUCGGCACCUCCACCUGUGCCCCCAGCCCCCCAUCAUCCACCAAUUCCACCACAUCCCUCGGUUCCUCCUGCAAGACCACAGCCACCAGCUUCAGUUGCUUCACCUGUUAUUGACCUUAUGAGCGAUGGUCCAGUGAUGGAGGAACCUCAUGCAGCACCAGGAAGACCUCCACCUCCCAGACCACCUCCCCCAUCAAAGGAAACAAAGGACCUUUUACAGACGGUCAUAGGAGCCAUGGAAGCUACAACAGACACAUUGCAUGAAAAACUAAAUACAACAAGAACACCGUGUCCUUCUCCAGGGAGUGGUGUCGCUAACUCUCCAAGUCCUACACCUGACAUACAAGUCACAGAACCUGAGAAGGAACCAGACUCAUUUAGCGCAAUAUUUGGUCAGACCAUUGAUGAGAGUGACCAUGAGAUGGAGGAACCCAAGAACAUAGUUGAUACAGCACCAGCACAGGAAACAACCACUACAUCGGAAGAUAUUGAUCUCUUUGGGGAUAUGCCAUCUCAAAAGCCUAAAACUAAACAGGAUAUUCUAAGUCUAUUUAAUAAACCACAGGCUCAAACAACAUCACAGGUUGAUUUAUUGUCAGGCGACCUCUUAACUGAAGGCAUUACUGCAGAGGAGGGCGAAACUACCACACAAGUGAAACCUGCAGAAGGAUCCUCAGUAGAAACAACACAGGAUGCUCAACCUAUUGACCUAUUAGCAGGAGACGAGAUUAGUGAAACACCUGCUCCACCUGUCAGUACUGCUGUAAGUAAGGAAGCCGCUCCCAGUGAGGCAGCAGCGGGAACUACCCAUAUAGAAGCCCAGAGUGAGACAGUAGUCAUCGAGGAGUCUGUGUCUCCUGAACAGAUGAGUGAACAGACUGACAGUGAACCGACUGUUAUUGAAACCAACUUGCAAGGAGCUGCAGAAGAGGCUAACAAGAUGUCUAUCCUUGAAGGUGAGGCUCAGGAUUCUGCUUCCAUGAAUGAAGAAAAGGUUGAAGAGGUGUUUGGAUCACCUGAGCCCAUCCCUCCAGCGAUAAACAGCAGCCAGAUAGAGCCAUCAGAACUACCCAGUAAAAUAGAUGCUUCAGAAACACCGAGUCAAGGAGAAAUUUCUACUGAAGCUGGAAAGGAACUACAAAUGGAAGAUGAAAUUAACCAGAGUAAACCAGAAGUAGAUGAGGUAAUUGGAAUUCCAUCUUCCACAGAGCCAAAAGAUGCUUUUGGGGAUGUUAAUGCCCUAGAUGCAUUCAGUGCUCCCCCUGAAGCAGACCAAGGGGCUGCCCUCUUUGGAGAUACUACGAGUACCUUCCCCAGUUCUGGCGAUGCACUGUUUGGCGACUCUCAGGGUAUUCCUCCGGCUUCUCCAGCAGCCAGUCUCUUUGGCGAUGUCUCACAAACAGUUCCGCCAGCAUCCCCUGCUGCCAGCCUCUUUGGUGAUGUGUCCACUGUACCUCCUGCAUCUCCAGCCACCAGUCUCUUUGGUGAUGUGCCUCAUUCAGUACCGCCAGGCUCACCAGCUGCUGACCUUUUCGGAGAUACCCCGAAGGCUGUGCCUCCUCCUUCCCCUGCAGUGGGAUUGUUUGGGGAUGUUCCAGCCAAUGGUACAGGAUCUUCAGGGUUUGACAUCUUUGAUGGCGAAUCAGCCAAGGUUGUGCCGGCGCCCUCAGGAGCAGACUCGACAGGUGCGGCUCUCUUCGGGACGGCAACUCCUGCGCCUAAUGUUGGCAUGAGCCUCUUUGGGGCUGGCAACGAACCUACUCUAGACAUCUUCGCAGAGAGUGAGGGCAACACAAUGGUCAACCCUUUCGCUCCCGCCCCUGCUGCACCUACAGCUGCUCCAGCAGUGGCAGCAACAGGUGUGAAAGUUGCAACCGACGAAGAAUUCGACGCCUUUUCAGCAAGGUUUGACAAGGUCGCUGUAGACGAGUCAGAUGAGCUUCAUGUUGAUCCGUUUGCCACCACGGUCCUCUCUCCCACAGCCGCUUCCCCGUGGGGAGACACUGGCGAGUCGGGCGGCGCGGCGGCUGAAGGGUUCGGCUUCGGGGACUCUGGCGGCUUCGACUCGUUCCUGGCUAUGAACGAGCCGCCUCCGGUCCCGCAGUCGACGCCGCGCAGAGCCGCUCGCCAGACCUCCGGCGACUCUGACGACGAGCCGAUGACUGUCGUGAUAAAGCCGGCUGCCCUGGACGCGGGCGCAGUCUCUCCGAGGGGCGUCUCACCCGUGCCCGUCCUCGCCCCGCCACCCGCCGUCGCCGCCAACGCUGCCUUCACGGACACCACACCCAGGUUCAAUCCGUUCGACCGCGGACCCGAGGACAUCGCUGAGGCGGCUGUGGAUGCUUCGGAGCUCCAGAGGACGGAUUCCCAGGAGACGCCGCCCACGCCCUUGUUCGAGGAGGACCAGUCGCAGCCUCUCGAGCCCUUCCCGAGGACGCAGAUGCCGGCGCCCAUGUGGGAGAUGCACCUUCGUCAGCCCAACAAGAAGAAGAUCACGGGACAGAGGCUCCUCCAAUAUAAAGAUGGCCGAGGUGCAUUGUCCAACAGGUUCUGGAAAAAGGUGUUUGUGAAGCUCACCGAGAACGGGUGUUUGCAACUCUUCAAUAACAAGGACGACAAAGACCCAUUCCAGGAACUCCCUCUUCAGGCUUGUUACUCCGUGUCUGAUAUUGGCGCUCAGCAGUUCGACCAAUUCGGCAAGAUCUUCACGGUGAAGGUGCAGUACAUCUUCUACAAGGAACGACCCGGUGUGCGACCAGGGCAGCUCUCGAAGGCCGAGCGUCUCACCACCAAGCUCUCGAAGUUCGCCCAGCACGCCAUCGCGGGAGACUACGAACACGUCAAGGAGUUCGCCAGCGACGUCAGGAAACUUGGCAUGCCAGUGGAACACGCGCCGCAGAUAUCGCAGUUGCUGAAGCUCGGAACGCAGACCUAUGAGGACCUUAAGCUUUUCUCCAGUCUUGUCGAAGAACAGUUGUUCAAACUCACUGUUCACCGCGACCGCGCCCUCAACUACAAGAGCGAGGAGGUACAGUUGACGGCCGUUGACGAAAUAUACGUCGAGCAAGACUGCGGCAAUGUGGUCCAUCGCAUGAUCGCCCGCGUCAGGAUAUUCUUCCUCGGAUUCCUGUCAGGAAUGCCUGAGGUGGACCUUGGGAUCAACGACAUGAGGAAGCAAGGCAAGGAGGUGGUGGGUCGCCAUGACAUCAUCCCAGUCAUCACCGAGGAGUGGAUUCGACUCGAGGCGGUGGAGUUCCACUGCUGCGUGGAUUCAGAAGAGUUUGAGGCUUCCAAACACAUCAAAUUCAAGCCUCCCGACGCCUGCUACAUCGAACUCAUGCGCUUCCGAGUCCGACCUCCGAAGAACCGGGAACUGCCGCUGCAAGUCAAGACCAAAAUCACCAUCCAGGGGCGCCGCGUGGAGAUCAACAGCGAGAUCCUGGUGCCUGGUUUCUCCGGCAGGAAGCUAGGACAGGUUCCUUGUGAAGACGUGAUGGUUCGGUUCCCGCUUCCCGAGUGCUGGAUCUACAUGUUCCGCGUGGAGAAGCACUUCAGAUACGGCUCCGUCAAGUCCGCUCAUCGAAGAACGGGCAAGGUCAAAGGCAUCGAGCGCCUGAAGGGAGCGGUCGAUCAGCCGGAGGCGGCGCUGAUGGAGGUCACGUCAGGUCAGGCUAAGUACGAGCACCAGCACCGAGCCAUCGUGUGGCGAAUGUCCCGCCUGCCGAAGGAGGGCCAGGGUGCCUACACCACCCACGCAUUCAACUGCCGCAUGGUCCUCACGCCCUACGACCAGAUGCCCGAGUCCCUCGACAAGUACUGCUACGUGGAGUUCACCAUGCCCGCCACCACCGUCAGCCACUGCGUCAUGCGCUCGGUAUCCAUCACGAGCGAGGAGCCCCCCGAGAAGUACGUGCGCUACCUGGCCCGCCACGAGUACCGGGUCGAGAUGGAGUUCUCGUCGGGGACGGGCCCCAACGAGUACGUGGCCGCCACCAUGAAGGACGCGGAGCAGAUGGCCAAGGAGGAGGCCGCGCGCAAGCAGCAGGAGAUGCAGCAGCAGCAGCAGCAGCGGAACAAUGACUCCAGCAGCGACGACUCCUCUUAA